CCAAGUCUUUUUUCCUUCGUAACAUCUUUUUUCUCUUUUUCUUCCCAUAGCAUUCUGACUCAUACCCAAAUUAUUUAUUGUUUGUCUACGAAAGCAGUGAAAAAAAAUGACAGUGGAGCUUAUGGGGUUCCCCAAAAUGGAGGAACAGAAGGCAAUUCAAGAAGCUGCCUCCGAAGGCCUCAAGGCCAUGGAACACCUCCUCCGUCUCCUAUCCUAUCAACCCUCUCACCUCCACGCUCACCACACCGACGCCACCGUUUCCAACUUCAAAAAACUCAUCUCCUUACUCAGCCGCCGCACCGGCCACGCCCGUUUCCGUCGCGCACCUCUCCCUUCCCCGCCACCGGCUAACCCGGUCACCCUCCACCAACCUCCCUCCACCUUCGUCCCUUCGCACUCCCAGUCUCUAACCCUCGAUUUCACAAAACCUAGCAUUUUCGCCUCCAACGCCAAAUCCAUGGACCUCCAAUUCUCUAAAGAAACCUUCAGCGUCUCCUCCAACUCCUCCUUCAUGUCCUCCGCCAUCACCGGCGACGCCAGUGUCUCUUACGGCAAACUAGGAUCCUCCCUCUUCCUCACUCCUCCGCCAGUCUCAGCCGGAAAACCUCCUCUCUCCUCCGCUCCGAUCAAGAAGAGGUGUCACGACCACCGCGAACACUCCGACGAGAUCUCCGGGAAACUCUCCGGCUCCAGCAAGUGCCACUGCACUAAGAGAAGGAAGAAUCGAGUGAAGAAAACGGUAAGAGUUCCGGUGAUCAGUUCGAAGAUCGCCGAUAUUCCGCCGGACGAGUACUCGUGGAGGAAGUACGGGCAGAAGCCGAUCAAGGGAUCGCCGUACCCGAGGGGGUAUUACAAGUGCAGUAGCGUUAGAGGGUGUCCGGCGAGGAAACACGUGGAGCGUGCUCCGGACGAUCCGACGAUGUUGAUUGUGACAUAUGAAGGGGAGCACCGGCACUCGAUGCAGGAGAACAUUUCCGGGGGAGUGGGUUUGGGAUUCGAGUCAACGUGAGGGUGGUUGCAAUGUAAAUCUGACAUUAUUAAAAGAAAAGAUUAUAUUACAGGGGAAUCUUAAUCUUCUCCCACCAAAGUCUUCUUAUUCAACUUUUUGAAAGUAGUUUGGAGCCAAGUGUGAAUUAGAAGGGUAGUUUGUUUAGUGGGAAUGGUAAAAGGUCCCAAUCCAAGUUGAUGCCUCGGAAUGGGAAAAAUGGAAUGACGUUUAAACUCCAUUCUCUUCCCUUCUUUGCGAUCCACUUAAUUGCGCACACAAGCGUUUCAUUUCGUCAAGUUAAUAUCUUGCAAAUCAAAUUUUAAAACUAGUUUCAGUUCUUUUUUGGUAAA